GAAACCCUGAAACCCGCCCCUUCACAAUAACCCCCAACCUACAAAAUGACUAACGCUGUGUUGGAGCUGUGCUGUUGUAACAUUUGAAAGUGCGUUGAGUGGAAACACUCAGGGCUCACCUCCACAGUAACUCGACGUGAGGUUUUUCAUUCCUCUGCUGCUGUUCCGGGCUCAGGUUGUCUCUAAUUGCUACGAGGACACUGACGUGACAUUCAUUCAUCCACAACAACAAUGGCAGCACAGGAUUUUAAUUUCUUGCUCGCGACGGAUUCUUAUAAGAUCACACACUACAAGCAGUAUCCUCCAAAUGUCAGCAAAAUCUACUCUUACUUUGAAUGCAGACGCAAGAAAGGCUCACAGUUCAGUGAGUGUGUGUUCUUUGGCCUUCAGUAUCUGCUGAAGAAAUACCUUCUAGGCCAAGUCAUCACAGAGGACAAGAUUCAAGAAGCCAAGCUGUUCUACCAGAUGCACUUCAAACAGUCUGUGUUUGAUGAGGAGAGCUGGAGGAAAGUCCUUGAGAAGCACAAUGGGCGUCUUCCUAUCCGGAUCAAAGCUGUCCCUGAGGGAUGGAUCGUUCCCAGAGGCAACGUGCUCUUCACCGUGGAAAACACUGACCCAGACUUCUACUGGCUCACCAACUACAUUGAGACCAUGCUGGUCCAGAUGUGGUAUCCCAUCACAGUAGCCACCAUCUCCAGGGAGUUUAAGAAGAUCCUGGCCAAGCACCUGAAGGCCACCUCCGGGAGCCUGGAGGGUCUGGACCUGAAACUGCAUGACUUUGGCUACAGAGGAGUCUCCUCACAGGAGUCUGCAGCGUUGGGUGGAGCGGCCCACCUGGUUAAUUUCUGCAGUACAGACACCGUGGCUGGGCUGCUGAUGGCUCAGCGCUACUACAGCUGCCCGAUGGCCGGCUUCUCCAUUCCAGCAGCAGAGCACAGUACCAUCAUCUCCUGGGGGAGGAGCAGAGAGAAGGAGGCGUUUGAGCGAGUCCUGGACCAGUUCUCCUCAGGGCCGGUGUCUGUAGUCAGUGACAGCUACGACAUCUUUCACGCCUGUAAACACAUCUGGGGGGACGAGCUGAAGGAGCGUGUGAUGGAGCGCAGCCAGGACUCCUGCCUGGUCAUCAGGCCGGACUCUGGAGACCCCGCAGAGACCCUCAUCGAGGUCAUCAAGAUUCUUGGAGAGCGUUUUGGCUGUUCUCUGAACUCUGUGGGAUUCAAGGUUCUGCCUUCCUACCUGCGGAUCAUUCAGGGAGACGGUAUCGACCUCGUCUCAGUGGAAGAGAUUCUCACGAAGCUGAGUGAUGAAGGCUGGAGUGCUGAGAACGUCUUCUUUGGUUGUGGCAGUUCCCUGCUCCAGAAACUCAACAGAGACACACUCAGCUGUGCCUUCAAGUGCAGCUAUGUGGAGACUGAGGGGAAGGGGAUGGACGUUUACAAGCAGCCGGUGACCGACCCAUCCAAAGGCUCCAAGAGGGGCCGACUGCUGCUGAGGAGAAACUCUGACGGCCUGCUAGAGACAAUAGAGAGAGGAGCAGGCAAGCCGGAGGAGGACCUGCUGGUGACCGUCUAUGAGAACGGCAGCCUGGUGCAGGACUACUCCCUGGAGGAGAUCAGGAAGAACGCCCGGCUGAGGGACGAGGACGUGAACCCCACCCUGCACAACCAGGAUCAGGAACUGCUGCGCAAUCACAUCCUCAACGGGGUUCAUUAGACCUUAGAAUACUUUGAACAGGGUGCACUGGAGUGAAGACUGCUGUGUUUCUGAAAGGCACCCAUUCAAGUUAAGCUGAACAUAUAGAAAGGGAGCAAAAAGCUGUUUCUCACAAAGCACUAACUUAAUAAAAUAAUACAGUAUUUCUGAUUAAGGUAAUCAUCAGGUAUGGUGAACACUGGCUAGUGCUUGAUAGACAAUAUCUGAGUUAAGGCCACUGUUAGCCUCAUAUAUCAGCACAACAUUAUAUUUUUGCAGCCUCAGAAUAUAUUUUACAUAUACAUAUAUUAUCUCCCUAUUGCCCUUUAGUUUAGCACAAGUCAUGUACUGUCUAUAAAUGCAGACAUCACUGACAUGUCGGGCUCAAUAAUCUGCACUGCAACAGUUCAGACAGAAACCAAACUGAAGCCAUACCUGUUCCUGUUUCAUCAUGUCUCACGUGCCUGUCCCACACAGUACACUCUGAAGCCCAAUAUUGAAUAGAUAAAAAAACAAUAUGAAUAUAUUGUGUAAAAUAUACGAAUGAACUGAUAAUUUGGGAAGUAUUUGAUGAGAUAGUUGAAACUCAUCUCAUUAUUUUAAAUGGUGUUUAUUAAUGUUAUUUUGUAUGUAUUAGUCAUUUUUAUUUCAAAAUGCCUUUUUUUUCCUUCUUAAAGUCAUUGUUUUUAGUUCAUAUUCGCAUGACUAGUAUUUACUAUGACAGUGGUAUUUUCCACGCCCUCUAACCUUCCAGCCAAUCAUGUCCCCCCGUGCCACUCUGAAGUGUGUACGCUCCAGUGCCCUUUUAAGAGAGAGUUGGGACACAUCUCACUGCCACCUGGCACAUGUAUCGCUCCUUAGGUCCAAGGGCCAGUUUAAUUGCAUACAUUCAAGUAGGACAAACAGCUGCCAUUAUAUCAAAUAAUAUCUCCCAUCCUAAUUGUAUGUGGAGAGAAUCACAGAAACAAGCACAACAAAUGCUGCUUUACCUUCCAUCACUGCGCUCGUUGUCAGUGCACUGGUACAUGUGCUGAAAAAGCAGUUUAGGUUCUAAAGAUGAACCAGAAGUGCAAACAACGUAUUGACUUACUGUAAGAAGUUAUUUGGAUCAGUGGUUCUUUAGAAAAGUGCGAUACCUGAUCUGCACAUUUGGACUUUGGUUAGAGCUCAUUGAAAUACAAAAUGGAGCAGCCACUAUAGGACGUCUAUUCUACUGGUGGCCAGCGGGCUGAUCCCCAUGCAGCAGCAGCAGCAGCAGCCAUCAGGGGAAAGAGAGAAGCCUAUCAUUUAUUACCAUGCAUGCUGUCACAGUAAUCUCAGGCAGCACAGGGACAACCCCUGCCAUUUUGUAUUUUGCUAAUUUCUCUCCCCUUUUUAAGAAAAAAAGGCAUAGAUCUUUCUCAUGUGCUAUAUCUGAAGUGUGUAUCAAAACUGCUAGCCAAUGAAUACACAUUAGAAACAGAGAAGGUGGUCAUACGGCCAAAGAAAGAUUGAGUAGGUUAAUUUGUCUUCCUCUGAAUAAUGGCUUGGGGAAAUGUCCGUCCGAGGCCCCUUAUCUUUCUGACCCAGACCAAUAUGGAUAUAGUUGAAUAGCCCUGGUCUAUGUGAGGGCUAAAAAGCAGUAGCAGAUCCUAACGGGCACCGCAAUAGUAUAGAAUACAUCUAAAUGUAGAAUAAACCGAAGCGAAAGAUAUGAAUCAGCUAAGGCACUGAUAUGUACAGUAAGAACAAUAUGUAAUGAAUAGGCUAAGAUAUGUAAAGUAUGAAACAUGCAACAAUGACAGUAGUCAGUAAAGGUAAACCCAUAAAAUAUAUAUUGGCUAAAAGUGUCCGAAGAGGCAUCUUUUUUCUCACCUGCGAGCGUGCUUGUAAAACACAAAAUGAAUUGUGUUCAUAGGUUAUUAUUGGCUGCUCUGCGACAUGUUUACUUGAGGCUAUUCCAUUUCAAACAGAUGUCUGUCGUUACUCUCUCUACAAACCGCACUGGCAAGGUCAACAACUGCUACAAUAUAAGUCGAGCUAGCUCCUUUUAGCUAGAGCAACACCAAUGCUAAUGUUAUUCUGAGUUGGCUAACUACAGUACACUAACAUAACCAUGUAGCUGUUGUUCUUAGUGUUAGUGACACCAGACCCAUUUGUGAGUUUAGAUUAUUACUGAGUGUGAGAGAAAAGGACAUCAGAGUUAGGAGCCAGUGCUCGCUCCUGAUGGCAUGUGACUGCUGAAGAAUGAACGAAGGCUGCGACCAUGGUUGUAGAAAGUGCAUCGGAGAAAGAAGCAGUGGGCUUCUGAACCGAUCGUGGCAGUGGUCAAACAGUCCGAUUACAACUUUCGUGUCUGUUGUUUGGCCCUUGGUCCCCUUAUAGCAUUUCUCCAGAGACUUUGAUGGGCAACCUUUUGGGUAAAUUACCUUCCCAUUACAAAUACUCAAAUAAACCCAGACAUGUUUGGACUUCAUGAGCUACUGAGUAACUUUGAUAUGAAUUUACAACGCCGUAUCAAUUCCCUCUACAUCCAUGUUUGUGACAUCGAUGCUCUCAUCUUUUGUAAAUGCAUACUAUCAGUCUGAUCAUGUGAUUUUGAUUUCUUAGCGAAGGAUUUUAUGAAACCAAUCAUUUCACUCGACAGUUCUGUGGGUCACAACAGCAUCAAGUCAGGCUGCUGCAGAUUCUUCAUUGUGUUCAUUCUUCUUUUCAUGCCCUUUUCAUUUUGAUUUACAUGUUUGGACCUUUAAAUACUACGUGACAAAUUCCACAAUAAUGUAUGUUCUUGCUGAUGACCAGUCCAUGGAGAUUGUUGAUGAAGUAGUGGUGAAGAGGUCCACCAACACUGGACAACACACAGUUAACCUGUUGUAUCGGCACUAAUCAUAUCUGUAAUUACACUGUGUAAAUAUACUUUUGAAAAUGGUUUGCUUUUAAUUUAUCUGUAUCUUUUAAAUGUUCUGUAUCUUUGAUUUUGUUUGUUUUCAAAACAGACCUUUUAUUAGAUUAAAAUAAAUAACAUUUUCACA